CUGUUUAUUUCUGUUUAUUCUCGUCUCGGAGCCCUUUAGGAGUGAAGUGUCUUGCCCUCCUGGCUGAAAUGAAACUGAAUAUGGUUCAUUUUUAUUAGCAGGCGUUACGGGGCUUUGUUUUUGUUGCUAUGGAGACGAACUCGCGUAUACUCUAGCGAGCAAGCUAAGAUACAAAACAGCCGACGGCAGUUACAACAGAUAAAGAACAGCCGUUUAGGAUUCUGGACCCGGAAAAUGGAGGAGCGCUUUGCCUUCCUGGCUGAGUGGUACGACCCCAGCGCCGCUCUCCUCCGGCGCUACCAGCUGCUGUUCUACCCUAAAGAUGGCUCAGUGGAGAUGUUUGAUGUGAAGAAUCAGCGUACCUUUUUGAGGAGGACCAAAUAUGACGAUCUCCAUCCGGAGGAUCUGUUUGUGGGGAAUCGUGUUAACGUCUUCUCUAGACAACUCAACCUCAUUGACUAUGGGGACCAGUAUACAGCCAACAAACUUGGCAGCAAGAAAGAGAGGACUCUGGCUAUGAUUAAGCCUGAUGCUGUGACCAAAGUGGGUGACAUUAUUCAGAUGAUUUAUGAUGCCGGCCUUAUUGUCACCAAAGCCAAGAUGACCAAGUUAACCUGGAAGCAGGCAGCAGACUUUUACAUGGAACAUCAGUCAAAGUCUUUUUUCAAUAACCUGAUGCAGUUUGUCACCUCUGGGCCAGUGAUUGUCAUGGAGCUUAUGGGAGACGAGGCCGUGUCAGUCUGGAGGAGAGUUCUGGGUCCCACUGACUCCAGCGUGGCACGCAAAGAUGCUCCAAACAGCCUCCGUGCUCAGUUUGGCACAGAUGGCACAAAAAAUGCAGGGCAUGGGUCAGACUCCUUGGCAUCUGCAGCAAGGGAGCUGGAGUUUUUCUUUCCUUCCACUGCAGGGCAUGGCCCCUCCAACACAGCCAAAUACUCAGACUGCACCUGUUGUAUCGUCAAACCUCAUGCUAUCUCAGAGGCUCUGACAGGAAAGAUCUUGAACUCCAUUGCCGAAGCUGGAUUUGAGAUUUCUGCCUUGCAGAUGUUCAACAUGGAUCGAGCAAAUGCAGAGGAGUUUUUAGAAGUUUAUAAAGGGGUGGUCACAGAGUAUACGAGUAUGGUGGCAGAACUGUGUUCUGGUCCCUGCAUGGCCCUGGAGAUCCAUGGCACUGACGCACCCAGAGAGUUCCGAGCCUUCUGUGGCCCAGCCGACCCGGAAAUUGCGCGGCAUCUACGGCCCACAACUUUACGAGCGCUCUACGGCAGAAACAAAGUGCAAAACGCUGUCCAUUGCACUGACCUUCCAGAAGACGGUUUACUGGAGGUCCAAUAUUUCUUCAAGAUAUUAGAUGGAUGAAGCAUUUAUACAUAUUUUUUGAUAAUAUUUAAUAAACAAACAAAAAACAAUUUGACAACAGCCUGGUUGUUUGUACAUUUAUUUGUUUAGGUCUUACCCGGAUUAAAUAAAACAACAAGAGCAGAUGUGUAACUCCUGACAGGUGUUCUGGUGUUCAGCAUUGACUUUUAAGCACUUUUAACAUCAACAAAACAUCCUAUUACACGGGGGUACUGCAUUGUAUCUGAUAAGUUUCUAACCUUUGACCAGUGACUUUGGUAUCUGGAUUCAUACAAUACACUUUUUUCCUGCAGAAAAAAAUUGUACAACUGCAUAAAUAUAAAAUUCUUCCACCAUGUAAAUGGCUAAAACAUUCAUUAGAAAGUUACACCACGUCAUGUGAUG